UGACCAAAGUCAGACUGGAAGUGAGUCUGAUGAAGCGCAGCUCCAUCCUCUCACAGGCAGCCAGAGACCCGGUGCAGCUGUGACCCGGUCCGGCCCGGUUCCACGCUCCUACCCGCUCCUUCCCACAGCAGAGACCAUGACAGCGAAAACUCUGGAGAAAGUUCCGGUGAACCUCGGAGGGUUCGUGCAUCCAGACAGCGUGUACUCCGUGGAUGAGCUCUCCAGCAGUCUGCCCACCUCUGUGGCCAUCUUCCCCAGCGCAGAGCUGGGGGCGCAUUACGAGCCGCUGACUGCGGCAGCAGACAGCUCCAUGGACCUGUCCUACUCCAGCGGCUUCUCUCAGCCCGCGGCCCAUCGGAACCAGACCUUCACCUACAUGGGGAAGUUCUCCAUCGACUCCCAGUACCCCGGGAACUGGAACCCAGAGGGAGUCAUUAACAUCGUUUCUGGGAUCUUCAACGUGGCCCAGCCGCCGCCCCCCCCUCCCUCCUCCUCAGCCUCCUCCUCUCCGGCAUCCUCUGGAUCCCCGCAUCAUUUCUCCGGCGGAGGUCUGAGCUGCACCAUGGCGGCCCAGAGCCAGGCGGACCUGGACCACCACCAUCACCUGUACUCCCCCCCGCCCCCCUACUCCUCCUCCGGCUGUGGGGAGGUGUACCAGGACCCCUCUGCCUUCCUGUCCGCCACCUCCUCCUACCCCCCGCCCUCCUACUCCUCCCCCAAGCCGCCCAGCGGCUCGGACGCCCCGGGCCUCUUCCCCAUCAUCCCGGACUACCCGGGCUUCUUCCAGCCGGCCUGCCAGCGGGACAUGCACCCGGCAGCUAUGCCGGACCGGAAGCCCUUCGUCCCGUGUCCGCUGGACACCUUCCGAGUCCCCCCUCCUCUGACUCCGCUCAACACUAUCAGAAACUUUACUCUGGGGGCUCCGGGCGGCGGCGGCUCAGAAACGGGGCAGCCGCGGCUGUCCUCCGCCUACAGCCCCCAGAACCUGCCCCUCCGGCCGAUCCUGCGGCCCAGAAAGUAUCCCAACAGACCCAGCAAAACACCCGUCCACGAGCGGCCGUACCCGUGUCCGGCGGAGGGCUGCGACCGGCGGUUCUCCCGCUCCGACGAACUGACCCGACACAUCCGCAUCCACACCGGACACAAGCCCUUCCAGUGCCGGAUCUGCAUGCGGAACUUCAGCCGCAGCGACCACCUCACCACGCACAUCCGCACGCACACCGGAGAGAAGCCGUUCGCCUGCGACUUCUGCGGCCGCAAGUUCGCCCGGAGCGACGAGAGGAAGAGACACACAAAGAUCCACCUGCGGCAGAAGGAGAGGAAGGCUUCCGCGGCCUCCUCCUCCUCCUCCUCCUCCUCUGGAGGCUCCGUGUUGGAGCGGCCGUCAGGCGGCAUCAGCGCAUCCGCUGGGAUCUGUUCUUAGGUCCGCAUUCAGGAAGCUGCUCUCAGAGAAGAACCGGAGAAGCGGAGGAAAGCGCUUUGAACUUUUACGCAGCGGGGCGCAGAACUUUUACGCAGCAGUGCGCCCUGACGCACAGCCAGGCUGGACGCGCACGGACGCUCCGGCCAAGCAGUUUGUCUGCAAACAUGAACAGAAGAAUAAAAGUGUGUUUGUUGAUGUAAAUUAACGGCAAUAAUGUCAC